AUGGCGACAGAAAGCAGCAGAGUUGUGACAGAGGAGCAGGAGGAGCUCCCAGCCUCAGGAGCCGUCACUCACGCACACCACACAAACACCCGGAGUCAGAGCCACAUCCAGUUUCCCCCUCUGACACACACCACGCAGUGGCAGGCUCCUCGCACUCUCGCUCAUACCAGGAGUCACAGUCACACUCACUUCAACACUUCCUCUCACACACAGUCGCAUAAGUACGGCUGUCGCCUCACUCACAGUCUCUCAGCCAUGGCCAAGGGAGAGAAGGGAGCGCAGGGCUCAGCGGGGAAGCUCAUCAAGCCUACAGACCCGCUGUUCACUAAAGCACCUCACCAGACCGACUUGAGCCACAAGUUGUCAUUAUGCAGUAAGCUGUGUUUCGCCAUUGGCGGUGCACCCAAGGAGGUGGCUGCCAGCGCCACAGCCUUCUUCCUGCAAAUCUACCUGCUGGAUGUCGCUCAGAUCAAUGCCUUCCAGGCAUCUAUGGUGCUGUUCAUUGGUAAAGCCUGGGGUGCAGUGACCGACCCUGUUGUUGGCUUCUUCAUUACAAAGAGCAAAUGGACCAAGAUUGGCAGGCUCAUGCCCUGGAUGGUGGGUUGCACUCCAUUUCUGGUGGUGUCCUACUUCUACCUCUGGUUUGUUCCUCCUUUCACCAACGGCAGGUUCAUCUGGUAUCUAGGCUUCUACUGCCUCUAUCAAACACUCAUCACUUGCUUCCACGUGCCUUAUUCUGCUCUCACCAUGUUCCUGAGCACAGACCAGAAGGAAAGAGACUCAGCCACUGCCUACAGAAUGACCAUGGAGGUGCUAGGGACACUUGUGGGCGCCGCCAUCCAGGGUCAGAUUGUGGCAAGCGCCCACACUCUGAAGCACUGCCCGACUCACAACAUGUCUGCCGGUAACCUUGGCAACAGCAGCGGGACAGAGAUCAUCAAGAGUCUGGUGCGCUCCCAGGACUAUCUGUCACACUCUAAGGAGGUGUACAUGAUAGCUGCGGGUGUUAUAGGCGGAGUGUUCCUCAUCUGCACUUUGGUGAUGUUCCUGGGAGUCAAAGAGAGAGACGAUCCAUAUACCCCAAGGACAGAGAAGCAGAUCCCCUUCCAUCACGGCUUCAUCCUGGUGAUGAGACAUGGGCCGUACCUCACUCUGACUGCUGCGUUCCUGUUCAUCACUGUUGCCAUUCAGCUGGUACAGAGCAACUUUGUUCUCUUCUGCACUUACGCCGCUGACCUAAGAGAUCAUUUCCAGAAUAUUGUGCUGACCAUUCUGGUUUCUGCAGUGAUAAGCAUCCCACUUUGGCAAUGGUUCCUACAGAGGUUUGGGAAGAAGACGGCAGCUUUUUGUGGUAUCACAUGGAUCAUGCCCUUCACCAUGAUGCUGGUGUUCAUCCCUAAUGUGGUGGUGGCCUACGUUGUAGCUGUUUCCUCUGGACUCAGUGUGGCCGCCUCACUCCUGCUACCAUGGUCUAUGCUGCCAGAUGUGGUGGAUGACUUCAGACUGGCCAACCCCUACUCUAAAGGCCAUGAAGCCAUCUUCUACUCAUUCUACGUGUUCUUCACCAAGUUUGCUGCAGGCAUUUCCCUGGGAGUGUCCACCCUGUGUCUGGAGUUUGCAGGGUAUAACACCGGUGCCUGCAAGCAGCCUGCUGCUGUCGUGUACACUCUGAAGCUGCUGAUCGGUGCCGCCCCAGUGGCCUUCAUUGUUACAGGUUUAAUGAUCCUACUCCUCUAUCCUAUCAGUGAAGACAUUCGGCUCAGGAAUAAACUCUGCCUGGAGGAGCUACGGAAACAAAGCAUCAGCUCCAGAACAAUGGAAGAUUUGAGUAACGUGUGACCUGGAUCUUGAAUGAAGUGAAUUCACAAAGCCACGUAUUCCAGCCAUGCAGCUGGAAGGUUGUUCAUUAGUGUAUAUUACACUGAGAAAUAGUAGAAUUGUUUAACUGUAAACAUUAUUGUUUCAUCUUCACAUGAACAUGUACUGUAUAGUCAACUUCGAUA